CAUAUUUUUCAUUGUUUUGGGUCACCUCUACAGUCUACAGUUACACAAACCAAACAACGAGUUCGAUAGGGCUGCGUACAUCUCCUGCCUCCCGUAAGAGCUCCCCAAACACUGGAUCAAUAAUGGACAUGGAUUGCGACGAUACUUCAAAACCUGAAGGAAUGCACCUGUGUGGAAUUCAAUCUUUUUCUUUAGGGUUUUGAAUUUGCCUUCUUAUAGAUAUUAUGGAUUUUCUUACAGAGAAAAGUGGAGAGGAGGAGAGAAAGCCAAUCGUGGUGAUCUUGGUGGGUGCACCGGGCAGUGGCAAGUCCACUUUCUGCGAACACGUCAUCUGUUCUUCUUCUCGACCUUGGGUUCGCAUCUGUCAGGACACUAUUAAUAAUGGCAAAGCUGGAACGAAGCCCCAGUGCCUUAAGGCCGCAGCAAGUGCAUUGAAGGAAGGUAAAAGUGUAUUUAUUGACAGAUGCAAUCUGGACAGAGAACAGCGUGUAGAGUUUGUGAAGCUCGGUGGUUCCCAGAUAGACGUUCAUGCUGUGGUGCUUGAUCUUCCUCCUCAGCUUUGUAUAUCUCGUUCUGUGAAGCGCACUGGGCAUGAAGGAAAUUUGCAAGGUGGAAAAGCUGCUGCUGUUGUCAAUAGAAUGCUGCAAAAGAAAGAAUUGCCUAAGCUUUCUGAAGGUUUGUCUCGAAUCAUGUUUUGCCAGAGUGAGAGUGAUGUUCAAGCAGCAAUUAAUACUUAUUGUGCACUUGGUCCUUUGGAUACCCUUCCAAACGGUUCUUUUGGUCAGAAGAACCCUGAUGCCAAAGUUCAACUUGGUAUCAUGAAGUUCUUAAAGAAAGUAGAUGUUCCUUCCAAUGCAGGAUCCAGUUCAGGUAGUGUUCAGGAUUCUGCAUUUCCUCAAGUUAGCAAGGAAAGGAAUAAUUCUUGCAAAGGGCCAGAUAAUUUGUUAUCAUUAUCGGCUAUUGCUUGUAAGGAGGUAAAAGAAAUUGAAGACCUGCCUAAACACUCCAUUGGCUGUGAUGUUACUCCUGACAGCAUUCCCACUCUUGCAUUUCCAUCUAUUUCAACAGCAGACUUCCAGUUCAACAGUGAGAAGGCAUCUGAUAUCAUGGUUGAAAAAGUUGAAGAGUUUGUGAAGAAGCUUGGAAAUGCCAGGCUGGUUCUUGUGGACUUGAGUCAUGGAUCAAAGAUUUUGUCUUUGGUUAGGGUUAAAGCUGCACAAAGGAACAUUGACAGCAAAAAAUUCUUCACAUUUGUUGGAGAUAUAACUCAACUAUAUUCACAAGGAGGCUUGCGCUGCAAUGUGAUAGCUAAUGCUGCCAAUUGGCGACUGAAACCAGGAGGUGGAGGUGUGAAUGCUGCAAUUUUCAGUGCUGCAGGUCCUGCCCUAGAGGUUGCAACUAAGGAACGAGCAGCUUCUCUUGUCCCUGGACAUGCUGUUGUUGUUCCCCUUCCUUCAAAUUCUCCCUUGUAUAUCAGGGAAGGGGUAUCUCACAUCAUACAUGUCCUUGGCCCAAAUAUGAACCCACAAAGACCUAAUUGCCUUAAAGAUGACUAUAUUAAAGGCUGCAAAAUUCUUCGUGAUGCAUACACAUCACUUUUUGAUGGUUUUCUCUCUGUACUGAGGAACCAAGCAAAGUUAACGAGUAAAAGCCUUGUAUCAGAGAAAUCAUUGAAAGAUACCUCUUGCGGUGACCUUAGAAAUUAUUUGGCAAAUGGUGAUCAAAAGACUAAGAGAGAUGGUAAUUCUGUAUCUGAGAGAAGCAAAAAAUGCAAGGGAUCUCAUUAUGAAAUUGGAACUGAUGGUACUGGUUCUGGCUCUACACAAGGAAAGAUAAGUAAUGACAACAGUAAGAUUGAUGGAAGCACUUCGAAGAGCUGGGCGUCAUGGGCUCAAGCUCUUUGCCAUAUUGCUAUGCAUCCUGAGAAGCAUAAAAAUGUGUUGCUGGAGAUAUCAGAUGAUGUUGCUGUACUAAAUGAUCUCUACCCUAAGGCACAAAAGCAUCUCCUCAUCUUGGCAAGAUGUGAAGGUCUUGAUUGCCUUGCUGAUGUACAGCAAGAACACCUUCAAUUGUUAACAACAAUGCAUGAUGUGGGCUUGAGAUGGGCUGAAAAAUUCUUGCAUGAGGAUUCAUCAAUGAUCUUUCGCCUUGGAUAUCACUCAGUUCCUUCCAUGCGACAGCUUCACCUGCAUGUUAUCAGCCAGGAUUUCAAUUCUAACCAUCUAAAGAAUAAGAAACACUGGAACUCCUUCAAUACUGCCUUUUUCAGAGAUUCAGUUGAUGUAAUUGAAGAAAUCAAAAACCAUGGCAAAGCAACAGUAAAAGACGACAGCUAUUUGUCAAUGGAGUUGCGUUGCCACCGAUGUAGAAGUGCACACCCUACUAUACCCAGGCUGAAAUCACACAUCAACAACUGUCGAGCCCCCUUUCCUCCCUUCCUACUUGAAAAUGGUCGUUUAGUGCUUCCAGAAGAUAACAAUACGAAUGAUUCCUAGGUGUCUAUGACUUAUGCCUUGUCAAAAUUUUGUUGUACUUAACUUUAUGUUUUUUCUAGCCCAAAAUAUAGGGCAAUAGUUUUCAGGCAGUGUAGGGAAAUCUGUUCUUGUGUAACAUAUGCAGUUGCUUCUUAAUUUGCCCUAUUUCGUCUUGGAGCUGCACUGCGGAUUGAAACUCUCCGCAAACUGAUGUGUUGCAACCUUUGCUCCCAAAAGCAACCUGUUGGGUUGCCGAUGGGUGCAAUAUAAUGCUAUUAGAUUCUGGUAAGUAUCUAGUAGAAGUAGACUGCAGCAGUGUCAAUUCCAGUUCCAUUCUUUGCUAGCAUUAGGUCUACUGUACUGGUUGGAUAUAUUUUGAAAAAUUCGAGUUCAAGUAAUCAUAUAUUUAUUACUAUUAAAUUUUA